CAGAGCUUGAUUCACAUGACCAUCCUCCUUGCCCAACUCUUGGCCCCCUCCAUAGUGAAAUACCCAUUACCCCCUCGCUAUUUUCUUGUGCGUGCCUCUAAACCCCCAAAUCAGAAGGGGGAGCAAACAGAGAAAAAGCUCGAGGAAAUGGCGGCCUCCGGCGAGGGCGCGUCGCUGCCGUCUCCGGCGGGCGGCGAGGACGCGCACCGCCGCCGCGUGAGCUACUUCUACGAGCCAUCGAUCGGCGACUACUACUACGGGCAGGGCCACCCGAUGAAGCCGCACCGCAUCCGGAUGGCGCACUCGCUGGUCGUCCACUACGGCCUCCACCGCCUCCUCGAGCUCUCCCGCCCCUACCCGGCUUCUGACGCCGACAUCCGCCGCUUCCACUCCGACGAAUACGUCGCCUUCCUCGCCUCCGCCACCGGGAAUCCGGGCAUGCUCGAUCCGCGCGCCGUCAAGCGAUUCAACGUCGGCGAGGACUGCCCCGUCUUCGACGGCCUCUUCCCCUUCUGCCAGGCCUCCGCGGGGGGAAGCAUCGGCGCCGCCGUCAAGCUCAACCGCGGGGACGCCGACAUCACCGUCAACUGGGCGGGCGGCCUCCACCACGCCAAGAAGAGCGAGGCCUCCGGGUUCUGCUACGUCAACGACAUCGUUCUCGCCAUCCUGGAGCUCCUCAAGUUCCAUAGGCGUGUGCUAUAUGUAGACAUUGAUGUCCACCAUGGAGAUGGUGUGGAGGAAGCCUUCUUCACUACAAACCGAGUCAUGACAGUUUCCUUUCACAAAUAUGGGGACUUUUUCCCUGGUACUGGACAUAUCACUGACGUUGGGGCAGCCGAAGGGAAACAUUAUGCUCUCAAUGUUCCCCUGAGUGAUGGUAUUGAUGAUGCCACCUUCCGUGAUCUGUUCCAAUGCAUCAUGAAGAAAGUUAUGGAGGUUUAUCAGCCAGAUGUGGUUGUCCUCCAAUGUGGAGCUGACUCAUUGGCUGGAGACAGGUUAGGUUGUUUCAACCUGUCUGUGAAGGGUCAUGCUGACUGCCUCCGUUUCCUUAGGUCGUACAAUGUUCCUAUGAUGGUUUUAGGUGGCGGAGGUUACACCAUCAGAAAUGUUGCACGCUGCUGGUGCUACGAGACAGCAGUUGCUGUUGGAGUUGAACCUGAUAACAAAUUGCCAUACAAUGAUUACUAUGAGUACUUUGGUCCUGAUUAUACUCUUCAUGUCCAACCGAAAAGUGUGGAGAACCUGAAUACUACGAAGGACUUGGAGAACAUAAAGAACAUGAUAUUGGAGAAUCUCUCAAGGAUAGAACAUGUUCCCAGCACUCAGUUCCAUGACAGGCCGUCAGAUCCUGAAGCUCCAGAGGAGAAAGAGGAGGACAUGGACAAGAGGCCACCUCAGCGCAGCAGAUUAUGGAGUGGAGGAGCUUAUGACUCUGAUACAGAGGAUCCUGACAACAUGAAAAGUGAGAGUAAAGACUUGACUGCCAGCUCCAAGCUGAAGGAUGAACCAAAAGAUGAUCUGUAGAAGAGCCCCUGAGCGAGUUCUCUGCUCUCUUGAUCGUUGAUGUGCAUGCUGAAGAGUGGGGAAGCAUCUGAACAUGUACCCUUCCCCUGAGCAUCCGUUAAACACAGAAUGUUUCGGCUGCUUCUGACUUCUUGCAUGCUAACUAGAUCUGGCCGAUAGGCGCAUCCUUGAACGUGUUGGCCAAGAGAAGCAAAACGAUUGCACUCGCAUGAGUUGCAUUCGUAUGGAUCUAGUAUGUUGAAACAAUCCUGUAGCGAGUACAUAUUCGCUCGUUAAAUUUGUGAUUUUGGGGUAUC